CAUCACUUUGCUAUACAAAUGAUUUUUUAAUUUUGUGUGACUUUUCUCCUAUUGUGAAAUACUGGAUAGGAGUACUGGAAAAGUCAUUAUAAUAAAACCAUCAGAGAAGGGAAAAUCCUCCUUGGUGAAACUGCUCACACCUCAUACUGUAGACAUAUGCAACCUGUAAUGAGGAGGUUGAUGACUACCGCAUUCAGACUGGCAACAUCUGUUGCAUCUAAUCAGUAUCACAUCAUGAUAGUAAGCAGUAAACAUAUUGCAUUAAACUGGCGUGAAGUGUAAAAGACAUUAAAGUAAAAGUUAUCUUCUCAGAGAGCCAGGGCUGAGGCAGCAACUAUUCAUCGGUAUUCAGAUGCUUUACUUAAGUAAAGGUGAUACUACUACUAAUAAAAAGUCCCGCAUUCAAAAUAUUACUUAAAUAAAAAGAAUUAUCAGAAAAAAAAUGUACUUGAGGUAUCAAAAUUAAAAAUAGUCAACAUGCAGAGUGGACCCUGUCAGUGUUAUUUUAUAUAUUAUUGAUUUGUUACUACUGAUGCAUCAAACAAUAAGCUGCAUUUUAACGUUGUAGCUGGUCAAAGUGGAGCAAAUUCUAACAGUUUAUUAUACUGUUUGGUAGUUUAAUCAAUAAUAAUGUAUAUGUAAUAUUUUAUAGUGAUCAUAUAUUUUGCAUGUAAAAUCUUAGUGCCCCUGUACACCCAUAGUCCACCCACAGAGGUGCUUUCACUCGUGUUGACUGUGUGGGUGUGUACAAACUGUGCUUGAUUGACAGCUCCCUUACCCCCUGUUGAUUUUGUUGUACCUUUUAAGGCGGGACAAUUGACCCUGUUAACACUAUUAUUAGUGCACAGAGUUCGGUGACAUCACGUAAUUUCCAGCAUAGCUCCGCCCACUUUACACCUGACUAAAGGUCUAAUCAGCCAAAGUAAUUGAAAACACCUGUGGGUUUACGGAGCCUUUAAUUAGCAAAGUAACUCUAUCUGUCAAAUAAAUGUAGUGGAGUAGAAAUAUAAAGUAGCAUAACAUGGAAAUACUCAAGUGAAGUACAAAUACCUCAAAAUUGUAGCUACUUAAGUAGAGUACUUGAGAAAAUGUACUUAGCAACCACUUGUGGGAGUUCUUGUCCUGCUGGUGCACAUGUUGUGGGCUUGAGAAGCCCAUUGAGACUUUAUAUGUAAAGUAAUAUUUGGCCAUACAAAUAAACCUGACUUGAACUAACUUGUUUCGGGGUCUUCCUUCCUCAUUUUUUAGAUCUUUUUGUUUAACUGCUGAGCAAUAUGACAUGGUCUAUGGUCUGUGUGUUUUUAAUCUGAAACUCAAGAUAACUGGAUGUGAACAUUUACACGACACAUAAUAUGUUUUAAGCAGCGUUGGAAAGUUACAAAUGACAUGUAUCCACGUAUUAUACUUAAAUACAAUUUUGAGGUAUUUUAUGCUACUUUUUACUACAUUUGUUUAACAGCUACUUUUCAGAUUAAGAUUUUACAUACAAAACAUGUGAUCACUUUAUAAAAUGUGCUGCAUGGUUACAGAUUAAUCUACCCAAAAGUAUAUGAAGUAGUAAAAAAUAGUGCCACCUCAUCCAACCACAACAUUAAAGUAACACUGACAUGUCAAUGCAUCAAAUAUGAUAUAACACUGAAAGGGAACAUUGUGCAUAAUGAGUACUUUUAAGUAAAAGGUGUUGGAAAUACUUUUGUACUUUCUUUGUAAGUAAAAUUUUGAAUGAUGGAUUUCAACUUGUAAUAGAGUAUUUUUAUAGUGUGGUAUUGCUACUUUUACUGAAGUAAAUUAUUUGAAACAAUGUUCUACCACUGGUUUUAAAUGAGUGUGGGCUUGCUGACAAGUAAUAAAUAGAGAGUUCAGGUAGCCUGCUGAACAAAAUGCUUCAAUUUCAUAUUAAACACUGCUGGGAUGACACUAAAUGUUAAACUGAACAGUGUCAAUUUAUGUGUGCAAGAAAGUAAUACGUAGUAGUAAACCGGACACUGCCGCCACCUGGUGGUCAAAACGCUCAUAAGAAAAAUGCUUCUUAUUUCCUAUUGGCUGAUGAAACAUGACGCUACGUGGGCAGACAAGGAAAUGAACUUAACGUAAUUGAAGCUUUUGUUUUCGAUUUCUGUGGCCAAAUUGCACAUGUGUCCGAGUUUUAGCAGAUACAGAUAUGGGUGACUUCCCUGUGAACCCGCUGGUUUUGAUUGGCGUCGGUUCCAGCUUUGCCUUCUCUGGCCUUUUCUAUCAUUUAUACCAAGAAAAGAAAAAAGAGUUGAAAAAGCUGAAGGAAAUACCCGUUUUCAAGCCAGAUCAGCAUUUGGUCAGAGUACUGAAAACAUCUCCCCACAAGCGACUUCAGUAUGUAGCUGUAGAAGGUCUGGUCCAGGCAGAUGGGGAGCCUCUGCCCAGCCAGUUUGUCCCACGAUGCUUUGGUGUGAUUCAGAAGAUAACAGCGGAGGAGCACUGGAAAUACUGGAACUCCCUCAGCAGGACAUGGAAUUCUCGGACAAUGAACAGAAAAGAAACCAACAACUCGGUGCCUUUCAGUCUGGUCAGCCCUGGAGCCUACAUCACUGACUUGUACGUGAAGGUGCAAAACCCUCUGGAUGCCGCUGGGUGCUACCUGGAGAGGGUUUAUUUCAAAGUAAGACGUGCUGAGGAGGGCUUGGUGAACGUGGUGAUGCAUGGCCUCAGCGGGGAGAAACCCGUGGCGAUGGAGGAGAGCGAGGAGCUGCUGCGGGUGGGGAGCACCCUGACUGGUUUUGGUGAGUUGGUGCUGGAGGGGGGCCAGGUGAUGAGGCUGCAGGCCCCGCAGGACGGCCGCAGGUAUAUCCUGGUACCCACUGACUACAGGAGCUUCUUGGACAGGCACGAGAGAUCAGCCAGCAUGUGGAAGACACUGACUGCUGUUACUGGCAUCACAGGGGCUUCUCUUUUGGCCAGGGUCAUUUACGGCUUGGUGGGGAAACAGGAUGACAGAUCAAAGUAGGCUUGAAGGCGUGGAUACUGCAGAUAACAAGUGUCACAGCUUUUUGGGUGUCCCAAUACUGCCUCAGGUGUUGCAUCUUAUAUUCCAUAGCACCAUCCUGAUGCUAAGAUAAUUCAGUUGGAUGUUUAGAUUUGUUUCGUUGCCGACAGGUAUUUUCUUGUCAUGGUGCAUCAGAGCCUUAUGUACGGUGGCUGUGAGGGGCAAAACACAACAACACUGGAUGAAACAUGUUAGAGAAAUAGAAAGCACAUUUUAAAAAAACACAUUUACAAAGUAGAAAACACAACAACAAAACUGAAAACAAAUGAUCAAAACUGAAAACAUGACAUUUCACAAAACGGAAAAGGUAGCGACAAUGUCGUAAUUCGACAGAACCCAAGUCAAUUAUGUAUUUUCUAAACUGUUGUGUUCUAUAAAAUGUUAUUGUGUUUUCUCUUUUAUUGUGUUUCCUGAAAUGUUUGAUAUUUUGUUUUAGUGUUGUAUCCAAUGUUGUUCUGUUUGGCCCCUCAGGGCCACCGUACUUGAAGUAAUGGACCACAAGAUUUUUAACCGCUUGUCAAAAAUUGUUGUAUCAUGAAGAAGUCGGCCUAAAAGAGUCUACUUAGGGGGAUUAAAAGCAACCUGGCAACAAGAAAAAUUCCUUGUAGGUCUAACACUGUACAGUAGCAUGUCAAGCUAUGACAUGUACAAAUUCAGCUGAAAUCAUGAACAGGCUGGUCAAAUGGCCUCAAAGCAAUCUCUAAUUUCUUCUGCUGUCAUGGGGCCAUAAUUAUUAUGAGAAGCAUGUGACAAAUGAUGAAACAACUCAGGGGAGCAUUACUUUAGAAUUCAAAGCUACUUUAUCAAGGGACAAUUUUUUUUUUUUUUGUAAUGAAAUUGUGUUUAUUGUAAUCUUAGAUAAAAUCAGUAAUUUUAUGGCAUUAUGUGAGUAUUAUUUUCUUUUACUUUCACUUUUGAUUAAAGAUUUUAACUGGGAACUGGAUCAAAGAAAUGAUUGUUUUUUUUAUUACUGUCUGUCCAAGUUUCCAGGAUGGAAUCAAAAUCCAAUUUUAAGGAGAUUUGGACUGUAUCAAUUUAGCAGAUAAUCUUCUACCUCUUAGAUCAUUAGGUCUUUACUGUAUUGUUUUAUGACCUGCAGUCAGUGUUCAGUUUGUAGGGAAAAAGGGCGCUAAACACUGUUGUUCAGUCUUUUUAAAAAUGUGAUGAUUUUAGUCUGAAUAAAACCGCUUUUAAAAACCUUGUAGGAACCGUUUUAUCUUGAAUGAGACAUUUUGUGUUGACAAUAAAGUGAGACAGAUGAUAUGCA